AUGACAAAUGCAAGAUUCUCUAGUUUGAUAUUACUUACUUUUAUCUUAUAUGUGAAUAUUGUUGUUCUAAUUGUUUCUACCAGCGGAUACAUGGCACCAGAGUAUACUCCUGAUGGACAAUUUUCAAUCAAAUCAGACGUUUUCAGCUUUGGUGUUUUACUAUUGGAGAUUAUAUGUGGGAACAAAAAUAGAGCACUUUAUCAUGAAAACAAGACACUUAACCUUGUUGGCUAUGCAUGGACAGUUUGGAAAGAAGGAAAAGCGUUAGAGUUGAUUGAGUUAAGAAUAAAGGAAUCAUGUGUUGUGUCAGAGGUAUUGAGAUGCAUUCAUGUGAGUCUGUUGUGUGUGCAACAAUACCCGGAGGACAGGCCUACAAUGACAUCUAUAGUUCAAAUGCUAGGUAGUGAAAUGGAAUUGGCUAAGCCUAAAGAGCCAGGGUUCUUUCCAAGGAAAGCUUUUUGUGAUGAAGGAACUCAAAAUGAAAUCAGUUCAAAUGAGGAAUUAACCAUUACAUCGCUUAAUGGUCGGUGA